CCAGAAGUGAAUGAUAAUGACGCCCAUUGCUAGCGUUCCCUGGGAGAGAAGCAGAAGAUAUUUCCAUAGGCGGAUGUGAGGUCCUGGGAACUUGUGGGACUCAUCCCAGAUCCCAGAACCGGUCUUUGUGAACUUGACCCCUGACCCACUGGGAAUGGACCCGUUUCCCGUGGCGUGACAGUAGCAGGUCUGGUUAACUCUGGAGGACUCCCGCUUGCGCAUGGGAAGCGCGAGCGGCCGCGCACACUCCGGGCUGACUGCGUGUCUGUGUCCCCGCAGGGCAUGGAGAGGACGGCGGCCGCGGAGCAGCCGGGCGCGGACGCGCUGCGGCGCUUCCAGGGGCUGCUGCUGGACCGGCGCGGCCGGCUGCACGGCCAGGCGCUGCGCCUGCGCGAGGUGGCCCGGCGCCUGGAGCGCCUCCGCCGGCGCUCGCUGGCGGCCAACGUGGCGGGCAGCUCGCUCAGCGCCGCGGGCGCCGUCGCCGCCAUCGUGGGACUCUCGCUCAGCCCGGUCACCCUGGGGGCCUCGCUGUUGGCGUCGGCCGUGGGGCUGGGGGUGGCCACAGCCGGCGGGGCUGUCACCAUCACGUCCGACCUCUCCCUGAUCGUCUGCAACUCCCGGGAGCUGCGGAGGGUGCGGGAGAUCGCGGCCGCCUGCCAGGACCAGAUGCGCGAGAUCCUGCGCGGCCUCGAGUUCCUCUGCCGCGGGCAGGGCUGCGGGGACCGCCAGCUGCUGCAGUGCGGGAGGAACGCCUCCAUCGCCCUGUACAACUCUGUCUACUGCAUCGUCUUCUUCGGCUCGCGGGGCUGCCUCAUCCCCAGGCCGGCCGAGGGCGCCACCAAGGCUAGCCAGGCCGUGCUCAAGGCCAAGAUUCAGAAACUGGCCGAGAGCCUGGAGUCCUGCACGGGGGCGCUGGACGAACUCAGUGAGCAGCUGGAGUCCCGGGUCCGGCUCUGCACCAGGCCCGGCCGUGGCCACGACCUCAAGAGCUCUGCUGACCAGCCCGCGGGGCUGUUUUUCUGAGAACAUCCUUUGCCCCCGGUGACCGAGGCCAGAAACCAUCCCCACGGGAUGCUCCAGAUUUGCAGCUCCCUCAGGAAAACACCAAGUCGGGUUAGGAGCUGAAGGCAAAGGAUGAGAAAAACUGUUCUUGAAGUGGGUGGGUCCCCACAGCCCUUUCUCUCCCAUCGCUGUGACAUCCUGCCUGGGCUUGAGUGCUGGGGACUUUUCACUUGUGUCAUCUUAGUGGAGUGUGUGACCUGAAAACUCUUUUUGCUUUAUCGAAACCUUUCUGUCUUCACGCACCUGGGCAGGCACUUCUGUUUUAAAGUUACUUUGGUGUCCCCGCCCCUGCCCCCGUGUUUUGAGCUGAAGCUGGAGAGGGUGCCACCCUCUGGCUACUCUCCAAGUCCUACUAGGCUUUGAAGUCCUUAAAAUGCCCGUGGGAGGAGACACUGCUUUAAAACCUGUCUUCCAGAGUUUCUGAUACAAAGAACUCCAGAAUCCAGAGCAAACAGGACCCAGAGGAGGCCUCGGUGCUGAUGUGCCUUCUUCUUCCCUGUCCUUUCAGCGCACUCAGGCAGGUCCGGCCUGGGCAUGAGUGGACCCCUCCCGGGUGGCUUCCUGCCCAGGCUCCAGGGACUCUGGGAGGGAAGCCAACCAAACCGUCACCUAAGUCCUGCCCCCCGUCGUUUGAAGAAGCUGAGGCCGAGAAAGAGGAAGUAAUUAACAGCUUCAUUUACGGACCAAGACCUUGGGGGAGAGAAGAAAGCAGUGGGUUUUGAGUUAGACAGGUCCUGGGUUUAUCAUAGGUUUUGUCACCACUCUGUGAGCUUGGCCACCUGUCUCUCUGACCUUCUGUAAAACAAAGAUGAUAAAAACCUCACCCUGUUGUGAGGUGUUAAGUGAAACAAAGUGCCUAGCACAGUGUGUGGCCCACAAAAUGUGGUCCCUGAAUUGUCAAAUUAGCAUCAUGCGGGAAUUUGUUAGAAAGGCAAAUUCUUGAACUCGACCUCUGAUUUAUGGAAACAGAAACUGUGGAUGUUGGGCCCAGCAAUGUGAGUUUAAAUAAGCUCUGGGUGAUUGUGAUGCACACUAAGGUUUGAAAAUUACUGCAAGAAAUGUUAAUUUCUGAUCCCCUCAUUGAGCCUUCAUGAAGUCUCACGGCUUCUCUAGGGGCUCCAUGGUUUUCUGAGUCAUUCACAGAAGGUCAGAGACAGGCUGUGUCCCAGAAGCCAAAGAAAGAAGUAACGUGUGUGUGUGUGUGUGUGUGUGUGUGUGUGUGUGUGUGUGUGUGUGUGUGUGUGUGUGUGUGUGUGUGUGAGAGAAUGCAUCCUGGGGCCAUGUUUCACAGUAUGAUCUAAGGGAUGUUAUAACAUAAUAAACCCUAUAGAGGGCAGUGUUGUCCACUCAUCGUAGAAACUGGUACAAAAGGAAUGUGAACUUACCUAAAAUUGACCUUUCUCUAUUAUCUUCUCUGAAAAUCACAAGUCCAUGUAUUUUUUAUUUAUUUUAAGUUUGUAAUUUAAUUACUGUUUGUUAUUUGCAUUUAAUUUUAUUUAACCACCGCAUUUAGAAAUAAUAAGAAUAGCAAGUUUCUGAAUGGGAGGCUAUUGAGGCUCUUUUCAAGAGAUGAGAUUGAGUUUGACUUCCCAAGGCUGGCCAUGAGCUGGAAAUAGCAUCGCUUUUCUUGACUUAGUCUCUCUCCUUGAGGGGGGAUUUCUUUUUCUCUAGUGUUUUAAGUGAUCCUUUUAAGUAAGUGUGGGGAGUUCUGAAUAGAGAGACCAGGAGCUGAGUUUAAGCUUGUAAUGGAGACUUGAAUCGUGGGCUAUAUAAAAGAUGAAGCAUAUUUAUCCUGAAGGUACUUUGCCAGAAGAUAACUCUUGAUCUGGAAAGAGAACCUAUUUAGUUCAGGAAAAAAAAAAUUAGAGGCAUAUGAAGGAGGCACUUAGAUCUUUGAAGCCUGAUGUCUUACGAAGUUAGGUCUUAUGGGUGAUGAACAAAAUAGCUUGUCUUAUGGUGGUAUUGUGAUAUAUUUUCACUUUGGGGUCUGUAAAAAAUUUGUCAGCUAUGUCUAAGAAACUGUUUAUGAUUUCUUCAAUUUCUAUUCUUAAUAACUAACUGUAAUGUUGAAAAAUAAGUUGUGAAGUCUUUGGGACCACACAUAAAAACUUUGUCUGUUAUUUAAUUAUUUAAUAUGCUAUACCUCCACCUAGUCUACCCCCAUGCUUCCCAAUGAUGGCAGUGUGCCUGAGAUAUUAUAAUUUUAGCACUGGAGGUGGGGAAGGUAGGAAUUGGUGUUUUUAUAUUUAUUUUUUCUACAAAUUGCAAUUGGUCUGUAUCCUGGUUUAUUUUGAAAUUGAUAUUGGUAUCUUUUCAAUCUGGUGUCGUUUUCUAGACUGCGUUGCACAGAUGUUGGCAUUUUAGAUUACCGGAAUGUACUUCACGUGGUCAUUUGUGUUAUGUCAUAAAGGUACAACUAUUCUCUAACUCCAUCUUUUAUUAAUGCUUAAGCUUAAAUUGUAUUCUUCCAGCGCCUGAGCUAUUCCCUAGAAAUAAACUGGGCACUUUUGGCAGAAAGAGCAGCAGCAAACUUUUCCUAUAUUUUGAGUAAAUCAAAGUUCUAAACUUUUGAAGUUAUCAUUUCAGUGGCCCGCUUUACAUCUAAGGAAGAGUGUGUGCUUUGGAACAAUACUUUGCACAUAAUAGGAACUCAAGACAUGCAUUUGAAUAAUUUAAUUAACUGUAUUAAUAGGGAUUUGUCGAUAAUGAAAGAUUAUCUGUCCUCUUAUGUGUCUGUUAUGAAGAUUGGAGCCUUUACCAGGAUUUAGUCAAGUCUAGUUAGAUUGAUCCUAGAGACAAGUAUGUCUUUACAUCUUUUAUGGCAAUGUUUAUGGCUUUUCCUUAAGGCCUUCAUUCUAUAAUCACACAGGUUGAAAAGGUAUGUCGUAAAGGGAAGAAGGGAGAGGGGUAUUUCGAUUAUAAAUGUACUCCACAAAAAUGUCAUAGUUUGAAAAAUAAAUGCAUUUGUACUAAAUGUUUAAGUGCUCCUCUGUUAGUUUCUUGGGUUUAGAAUCAUUUGAAUUGUUUUGUUUCACAAUAAAGGAGAUUCAUUUGAUUCUUCAUUUCAA